AUGUGGUUUACGACAAGACAAGACGGCCUUGAUGACAACUGUCACACCAAUAGAGGACCAUGUUUUCAGAUAAGUGGGUUUUUCGGGACCACCCUGCGAAUCGGAUUUUUCUUGGAGUUCAUUGCCCUGACCUUUCUGUUCAUGGCGUAUUGGUCAAGUGGGGGAAAGGGACUAUUCAGUUAUGACUUAAAAAAUAUGAAGGAUGAAUAUCGUCUCGACCAGACGUUUAGGAACUCGAUAACACUGUGGUCAGGGGUGUACUUGAUAGGGGCCAUAUUUAUCAUGUCCUUUCAGGUCCUUCUCGCGGAUGAUACUUGUUGGGCAAGAGGCUAUCGAGCCGGGUCGAAGAUUUUGCGACUGGCCUCCUUUUUAGAUACCAUAAGUGCAACCCUGCAGUUUAUUUUUUAUUUGUAUAUUUCCAAAUUUUACACAAGAAAAUGGCUGGUCCAUGCGUUUUCUUGUUUGCUAUAUGGUCUCGCCGCGUACUUACUGGAAGUGUAUCACGAUGAAGGAGCCGGGGACUUGCACGCGUACAUAAACGGUGUGAUGUUUGCCUUUGCUGGAUUGACAGAAAUCUUCGUAAUAUUUUGCAACUCGGGUUGCUACUCAAACUUCCUGUUGUGGUUGGCCCUGGGAGCCGUAUCUCUGUGGUCGUACUACUUCGAGCCGGAGGUGAACCACGUGUCCCCCGCUCUACACGAAACGGAGUUAACGAAUGACGUGGAACAGCAAGUCGAGAAGUUUUCUCGAUACACCCCCUACCCCCAGGAGCAGAACCAAAAUGCCUACUACCCUGCGUAA